AUGGUUUUUAAAGCGCAUUGGGAUGCCGUGAGGGAAAUAUUUUUAGACUAUCCUCGCCGCGUGCAGCUAGAACAGAGGCCGGGCGGCGGCGCGUACAUACGGUGUAAAGCGGAACGAUGCAAAAACGGAGCUUACCAAAAACACGUCGAUGGAGAAUUCUUCGAGAGCUACGAAAGAGGCAAAAAUAGAGGCCAGAAUUUCAACGGCGAUGCGCCACUCGGCUACUGCAGUUCGCGAAGACAACGCGGCGAUGGUCGACGGAUGGCAGAGGAACUGCGUGUGCACGGCCAGGGCCCAAACGGAAACACGGGAAACUUUGAUGACUACGACUACUUGUUCAAACUUGUGAAUCGACCAAAGAGAGACGAGCGAUGGACACCGGUGUUUACGCAUGGCGGACCUUUUCUUUCCGUUCGGCGGCAUUGCGAAGGCAUCUCAAACGGCCGGGCAUCUGGUGGGGAACAUGCCGGCCCGAGCAACCUCAUGGCGCUCACCGCCUCGCCACACAACCUCGUAAACCUCGUUGCGACAAACAGCUGUCGCACAGGUCUUCGUCAUCCGUCUCCUGGCAGCCUCCUCCUCACGAUGCCAGGCUUCCUCGUUCUGCGUAUCUACUCGCUACUCACCGUCCUCAAACAGAAGUCAUUACUGCAAUGA